UGCUCGCACUGUCUGUCAAAAAUAAAAAAUAAAAACGAAAACAAAAUUCUACCAACAGGCUUGUGCUGAGAAUGAGUGGUAGAUUGGGCCCCACAUCUAGCUUCUCCUGAGGCCCCCUAAAUGGGUAAAGUCAACUUCAAAGACCAGAAAGGCUCCUCCCAGGGGUGGGGAAACCAGCUGGGGGCGUGUGACUAUCUAACGGGCAGGGAUUUUGGUGAAAUGAAAGUGGAAGCAAAGAGCCUGCCGCUUCUACAUCAGAAGUGUAUUUCAGGUCUGGCCUAGAGGUGACUAAAGCCUGUCAGAAGGUACAAGCAAGAGUUUAGUCACUGUGGACACUGCCACUUUGUGCCCAGCUCUGAAGCCUCAGCUCUUGCCGCCCGGACCCCAGGCCCAUGUCAGUGACCCACGAUGCCGAUGCCGAUGCCGAUACCACCCUCCGUGCCCUUCGGGAGGAGCAGGCCAGACUAAAGGCGAGGCUGCAGGAGCUGCAGCAGCGGAGGACGGAACUUGGGGACGUCCCCCAUCAGGACCAGGUCCCAUUCCCAGUGCCCCUGGUCCCCCUGGUGUUCCGAGGACACACUCAGCAGGGCACAGAAGCGCCCAAGUCUUUGGUUUCCAAACUCCGGAUCUGCUACCCUCUGCCUGGAGGCUCUGCUUUGGUCACCUUCGAUGACCCCAAGGUGGCCCAGAGGGUGCUACAGCAAAAGGAGCAUAAGAUCGACAUCGAAGAGUGCUGGCUGCGGGUGCAGGUCCAGUCCUUGGAGCUGCCCAUGGUGACCGCCGUGCAGGUGUCCAGACAGAUAAGCAGGAGCAGUGUGCUGGUCACUGGGUUUCCUGCAGGGCUCAGGCUGAGUGAGGAGGAGCUGCUGGACAAGCUGGAGAUCUUCUUUGGCAAGACCAGGAACGGGGGUGGCGAUGUGGAGAGUCGGAAGCUGCUGCCAGGGGGUGUCAUGCUGAGUUUCACUACGGAGGCAGUGGCCCAGAACCUGUGCCGGACUGGCCAGUUUACAGUGCCACUGGGCACGAAAAGCUUCCCUUUGAGAAUCUCACCCUUCCUAACUGGGGAGAUCGAAAAGGCAGAGAUCGUGUUCCAGCCAGUGGCCCAAUCAGUGCUGGUGCUCAACAUUCCUGACGUCCUGGAGGGCCCGGAGCUGCAGGACAUCCUGGAGAUCUACUUCCAGAAGCCCUCCCAGGGAGGUGGGGAGGUGGAGGCCCUAACAGCCGUGCCCCCAGGCCAACGGGGCCUGGCGAUCUUCACCAGCACCUCAACCUCGUUGGGCUAAGAGGCUGCCCUUCUCACCCCCUCACCCGCACCCCUGCCAAGCCUCUCGAACUGGCUGGAGUUGGGUGCACAGGUGGGAGACACGGUGCACAUGGUGCUGGUCAACAGCGGCCGGGAUUAUGGCUUAUGAAAUUGGCCCGAGAACAACAAAA